GCCUGGUUGACAUUUUAGACGUUUCGCUGAACUUGAGGCACGAUAAAAGGAUAUAUUUGUUUUCUCUUGAAAAAAAAGUGUGUGUUUGCCUUUCGGUUCCUGUUUUCUUAUUUAUAGUUUUAUUUCUUAUUAAUAAUAAAAUAAUAAAACAAUAUACAACACUUAAUUAAAUCUCUAGUGAAGACAGCGUGCAUUUAUCCUUAAAGCGAAGAAAACUAAAUUUACAAAACUCCUGAACAACUCGGUGUAGCUAUAAAAUCAAAAAAGAAGAAAAUCCCUUUGCCAUAGUGAAAGCCAGGACACAACCUCCAUAUUAUUUUCCUGCUUUUCUGGAAUCGGUCCGUUUUGCUGUUUCAUUUUAUUUUUGUCAGAAUUCGUGCCCCAGAAUAGGAAUUUUUUUUAGAAUUAAUAAAUUAAUGGACGAAAUGUCUGAUUAGAGGAUCGAAGGGUAUAAAAUAUCCUUGAGAAAAGGAUAAUAAUUGAGUUGAUAAAUUUUGUUAGUUCUUAUUUUCUGUAUUAUUGUCUAAAGAAAGUUUAAAAAAAGUGUGCGCGAUAAGAGGGGUGGAUACAUUAAUUUUAUUAGAAAAACAUGGUAACAAUGACCUCCGAGCUGGAUAAGAGUCAUACAACACAAUCGAAGACAGCAUCAUGCUCGGCUCAUACAACAACUAUAGCAACGUGUUCUGGAGGAGCUUCCUCAGAAGCUGGAGGAGCUGUGGCUGGAGCUGCGAGUAGCAGUAGUUGUGGUGUUCUUAAUAAAAGUUCUCUAAACAAACGGAACGAAGAUGCUCCAAAUAUUUUGGUCUAUAAAAAAAUGGAAUCCAUUAUUGAAAAGAUGCAAGCUGAAUCAACUGGUGUUGCUGUGCGAACAGUGAAGGCGUUUAUGAGCAAAGUUCCAUCGGUGUUUUCGGGGGCGGAUCUUGUGGCGUGGAUUUUAAAGAAUUUCGAUGUGGAAGAUGAUAAGGAAGGGCUACAUUUUGCACAUCUUUUGGCAUCACAUGGUUAUAUAUUUCCUAUUGAUGAUCAUCAACUGACUGUGAAAAAUGAUGGCACAUUUUACAGAUUUCAAACACCUUAUUUUUGGCCAUCAAAUUGUUGGGAACCUGAAAAUACAGAUUAUGCUGUUUAUCUUUGCAAACGCACAAUGCAAAACAAAACACGCCUUGAAUUGGCCGACUAUGAGGCUGAAAAUUUAGCAAAACUUCAAAAGAUGUUUUCUAGAAAAUGGGAAUUCAUUUUUAUGCAGGCUGAAUCUCAAAGUAAAGUAGCCAAAAAACGUGACAAACUAGAACGCAAAGUCUUGGAUUCACAAGAGCGCGCCUUCUGGGAUGUCCAUCGUCCAAUGCCUGGAUGUGUGAAUACCACCGAAAUAGAUAUUAAGAAAGCUUAUCGUCGUGGUGGCUCUAGUCAUGGUACUGGGUCAGCUGGUGCAUCAUUAGCUAAAAAUCCUGCAGAGCAAUUUAGUCGAAUAAUUGCAUUGCGAAGGCAAAAGCUCGAAAGACGCACAAUCAAAGUAUCAAAAGCUGCUGAAUCAUUAGUUUCUUACUACGAACAAUAUAACGAAUUUGAUUAUUUCAUAACAGAAUUGCCUAAUCCAUGGCUAACGGAUAAUGCUGAAAUUUGGGAGGCUGAAAAAUUCACGAAAGAGGUACCGCUGCGUCGUGUAAAACGUUGGGCAUUUAGUUUACGUGAACUCCUGAAUGAUCCAAUUGGUCGAGAGCAAUUUACAAAAUUUCUCGAAAAAGAAUAUUCAGGAGAAAAUUUAAAAUUUUGGGAAUCCGUACAAGAAAUGAAGGCAUUACCACAGUCUGAAAUCAAAGAAGCAAUAAAUAAAAUUUGGAUAGAAUUUUUAGCACCCGAUGCCCCGUGUCCGGUUAAUGUUGAUUCAAAAUCGGUUGAGCUGGCCCGUGAAGCUGUUAACUCACCACAGGGUCCUAAUCGUUGGUGUUUCGAUGUAGCUGCAUCGCAUGUUUAUCAUUUAAUGAAAAGUGACUCCUAUUCAAGAUACUUACGUUCCGAUAUGUACAAAGACUAUUUAAAUUGUUCCCGAAAGAAAAUCAAAUCAAUUCCGAAUUUAUUCGGAGUGAAACGUUAAAAAUACAAACACACACACACAGAAACACAACAAUUUUUUUUAUAUACAUAUAUAUACAUAUAUUAAAAAUAGAUAUAUACUAUUACAAAAUAUUAUUCUUUUUGUUUAAAUAUUUUAUAAAAAUAAAUAAAUAAAUAUUAUUUAUGUUAUAAGUAAGUAAAUUUUGCAUGCAAACGUCUUAAGUUUAAAAUAAAACAAAACAUUUUUAGGUUUUUACUUUGUUGAAAAUUGAUGAAUAGGUAUAAAUAAAUAAAUGAUGGAAAUAUACAAAAUAUUAGAUACAAAAAAAAUACAAUAUUAACAAGAAAACAAAAAUUAACAAUAACAUUAAGUAAACGUAUAAAUUAAAUGUUGACGUAUAAUCCUACAUAAACAACUGCCAUUGUUUAUUUUUAAUAAUAAUUUUUAAAUUUUUUCGUUUUUAUUUUUAGUUUUCUUUUUAUGUUUUAACAAAACACUAAAUAAAAUAUUAAGAAAAAAACUGUCACAAAAAACGUGCAAAGGGUGUUAAUCAACCUUGUUAAACAAAUUAAAUCAAAACAGUUAUUCUCAACUCUGAUUGAUUGAUAUAUGUUUGUUAUCCUUGAAAACUUAUCUGAGUUACAAUAAAACUGUUCUUAUAGGUGAAUGUUAACCAAACAGUAAGAAAAUAACUUAACUAAAAUCUUGAAGAAACAAAAAUAAAUUAAAAGAAAAUAAUAAUUUUACUGUUAAUUAAAUGUCAACAUAUCUAAAUGUGAUUUCCUGUGUCAGAGAAGAGAAUGUAAGAAAAAAAAGGAGAUUAAAUUAAAAACAAAUAACUAAAACUAAUAAAUUAUAAGUAAUUUAUUUAGAAGCCAUACAUACUACAUAUAUUUUUUUACUUAUUUUUAUUCGUAAUAGACAAAAAUAUAAAAAAAAACAAAAACUUUUAAUAUAAUUUCGAAUGGAUUAGUUUUUAGUUUUUGUAAUUUUAUGUUGCAUUGAAGUGAAGAUAAUUUCCCACCGUAUUCGAAUGAGAUGACUAUUCGUUGUGUUGCUUUUUUGUAAAUCAAACAAAAAUAAAA